CUGCCAGAAACCGGGAUCGUGUGGAUUCCCGGGAGAGGGGUACCCCUCCUACCUCUCCCCUCCCCUCUCCCCUGUCCCUCAUUCACAGCUGGCCGCAGCUGGCGGAGGAAGCCCCGAUUAAAAAGGAAGGGAAAGCGCUCACAAGUCUGGGCAGGUGUUCAUAAAAUAUGAGGGGCUACCCCUCUCUGCUACUGCUGUACCUGGGACUGACCACCUGCUCAGACACCUCACCUGGUGGGGAGCAAGACCAAGGUCCAGGAGUCUUCCGGGACUCCCCAGAGGCCCAGAGCUUUCUAGGAAGCCAUAGACGGAUUCCACGAGCCAAUCACUGGGACCUGGAGCUGCUCACGCCAGGAAACCUGGAACGGGAGUGUUAUGAGGAGCGAUGUUCCUGGGAGGAGGCGAGGGAGUGUUUUGAGGACAAUACUCUGACUGAGCGCUUUUGGGAGAGCUACAUCUACAAUGGCAAACGAGGGCGUGGACCAGUGGACGUAGCAGGCCUGGUGGUCGGGCUGACGUCUGGGAUCCUGCUCAUUGUCCUGGCCAGCUUGGGAGCCUUUUGGUAUCUGCAUUGCCGACCAGGCAGAGGCCAGCAGUCCUGUCCUCAAGAAGCUGAGCUCAUUAAUCCCCUGAGUCCCCCGGGCGACCUAGGCCCGCCGACGCCCCUGCCUCCACCCCCACCCCCAGGCCUCCCCACCUACGAGCAGGCGCUGGCGGCCUCUGGGGUGCAUGAUGCACCUCCGCCCCCCUACACCAGCCUCAGGAGGCCUCGGUGAGGAGCUGUUUCGGAGCCGAAGUUCCCCAGAUUCACAGCGGAUUUCAGAGCCCCCAUGCCUCUUAAACUACGUAGCUGAGAUCGGGGAGUGAUGGGAGUAGGGGUCGUCCGGCCCGAGGCCUACCCUGGCACACGUGUUUCCGCCGAGUACGGAUACGCGCACAUCCCCGGCCAACGUGUACCCUCGUCCCGGCUACUCGCGGGCCCCCAGCCUUUUCUGACUGGGAGGAGGGG